GCCACAAAUCAUUUGAAACUUGUAACCAAUUCGAAUACAGACGAGCGUAAAAUAUUUUUGAUUGUUGUAAAUUUUCGGUACAAUGGAAACAAAUCGGGAACAGCCCACGGACGAUGCCUCGCGGGGCAUGCCCAAUGCGGGUUCCGAACUCGGCAGCGACACACUGCACACCUCCACCUCCGACAGCCUGAUCUGCCUGAAGGAAGGUGAGCAACUUGGAUUGGAACUCACCACAGAUGCCAUGCAUCUGGACUUGAUGGUGGAGAAAGGUUUAAUCGAUUACGAAUCGCUGGACAAGCCAACGGACGAGGAUAACCUCGAUUUCGAUGACUAUCAGCACCGUUUGAGCGUGGAAACAGCGGUCUCCGGCCACAUUGAAGAGUUGGUACAUGAGAUGCGCAGCGAAUUCAUGAGGAAAACGCUCUCCAAGGCCAAGCAUCUCAAGUCGGCAUUCAGGAAGAAGGGCUUCAAGUGUGGCUACAAAAAGCUGAAGUCUGAGGCUGAGCCAGAGCUACAGGAAGACAUUGAGGAGGAGGAGGAAGCUGAAGAGCAGAAGUCCAAGGAAGAGUUUGCCAGCAAGAAGGAAGCUGAAGAGUUGCUCCCCGAAGAGCAGAACACCAAGGAGCAUUAUGACAGCAAGGAGGAUGAAAUCAAUCAACUUGUCGUCCAGAUCGAUGAAUUCACGUCCCACAUGGAGCAGAGUCAACCAGACAGCGCCGAUUGGCAGCAGUUUCGUGGCAGCUUGUCGAAAGUUUGCCAGAUUUAUCAGCCAGCAAACGAAGCGCCAGAUCCCGAGGCACAGUUCUCCGACCAGCCACUGCAGAGCUUGAAAGGUCGCGCCGCACAGUUGCGCCACAAAAUCAGUGGCAUGGAGGGCAAAAUGGUCGCGUUGGAUCAGCGUUUUGGCAAAUUCUGCGAUCAAUUGGACAGCAGCAGGAUCAACAAGGAGCGCACCGAGCGGGACAUGGCCCUGCUGCGGUGCAUGCAGGAGAGGAUUGGACGUCGACUGAGCCAAAUGGAAGCGGAUCUGCAGCAGUCCCGCGAGUGUUUGCUCAACAAAACCAAAACGGUGUUGGAGGAGUUGAAGUGCUCCGAGGGCGGUGGAGGAGGAGAUGGCGAUGGGGAGCUGCUUUCAUCCUCUGAUUACGGAGCAUGAGCUGGCACUUUGGCACCAUUACUUGUCGACUGUUUGCCCCCCCCUAUCAUUAGUGUUUUUUGUGUGUGUGGCAAACAGCGAUGAUUACAAGUUGCAUGCAAAGUG